AUGGCGGAAGCGUCUAAUUCCGAUAUCGGCGGAGAGAAACAUACGUUCAAGAUCCGAAGACUGGAGAUCUCCGACAAGAGAAAGGGAUACAUGGAGCUUCUAGGACAACUCACCGUCACGGGAUCAGUGACCGACGAGGACUUCGAUCGGCGGUUCGAGGAAAUCAGCUCGUACGGAGACGACCACGUGAUCUGCGUGAUCGAAGAUGAGUGGACGGGGAAAAUCGCGGCGACGGGGAGCGUGAUGAUAGAGAAGAAGUUCCUGAGGAAUUGCGGGAAAGUCGGGCACAUCGAGGACGUUGUGGUGGAUUCAGAGUUCCGCGGGAAGCAUCUCGGGAAGAAAGUGGUGGAGUUUCUCUCGGAUCAUAGCCGAUCUAUGGGUUGCUACAAGGUGAUCCUCGACUGUGGUGUGGAGAAGAAAGUGUUCUACGAGAAAUGUGGGUUGACCAAUAAAGGGAUUCAGAUGUCCAAGUACUUCGACUAA